AUGCCUAGCAUCAAGACAGCAAGUAACGUUCGCAUGCUGUUUCCCGACGUGACCGCCGCUGUUGAGCAGUACCGCCAGGCAAAACCCGAUAGAGAUGCGAGAAAUCUCGCACGGCGUCUGUCAAACGAGGAGGCUAUGUAUGACCAGUUCAUGCAGAAACUUACGCUCGUGGCAGGUCGCUCAAGAGUUGGAGGCGGCGGGGAGGUGAUCAACCAAAUUGAGCGUAGAUUGGGUUGCGAAGCUGCUGAGAGUCUGAGGGCAGAUUUGCAACGCAUGGAAGAUUUCCUACACGCUCUUAAGGCUGACCUUGUUAACGCCAGUCGAGGCACGGAAGUUCUCGUGAGAUUAAGGCGAAAGACUACGAAUUUUCGCGGCAAUAUUCCGAAGACCCCCUUGCAGAGACGCCUCGAUGAGCUUUCAGAGGUGAAUAGGCGUCUGUCGGCUUACUUGGAAGACGACGUGAUUCAAAUACCCACGGUCACUGGGUUCAAGGCCGCAUUGGAAUAUAGAAUCCUAUUCCACCAGAACCAAGGCGAGCUUGUCAAUGCUCUCCGGAUUACCGGCGCGAGACUUACCUGUCUUUGCCGAGAAAGGGAGACACUACACCACGAUAUUCAAUCUCCAUUGUUCUCUGGGGACCCUGGAGAGAAAGCCAUUUCGCAGCAGCAAAGCUUUGCCCACAUAUCAGUCCUGUUUUGUGAGCUCAAGGGGGCUAAUGCUGCCACUUGGUUGACCCAACACAGGAAAACACCAGUCUAUGCGGAAAAGGGACAACACAACGUCAAAACUGAGCAAAGAGACAAAAGGGUCUUAGCUUUCCACAUUGAAGAGACCAGUCUUUCUCCAACAAUGGUCAGAUUUGAAGACCUGAUCAAAAGUAGCAGCCUCGAUUUUGGCCGCACAAAACGUGUGGAGCUUGCUUUCAGACUCAGCUCUGCCGUUUUGCUCCUUUGGAGUGCUUCAUGGAUAAGCAGUUCUCUGAAGUGGAGAGACUGGACCAUAUCGCUGGAUGUACACCCCGCAGGUGAUAUACGUAGCUUUUCUCUCAGCCCUCGUUCCAUUGACCAACAAAAUGCGUUUGGGAAGAAGGCCAACGGGACCGCACUUCCUAUUCUGGACAGAGAGCGCGUGCUUACACUACUUGGAUUGCGCCUCAUAGAACUUGCCUUCGGCCAAACCUUUGACGAAAUAAGACAGCAGGAUGCUACUUUACACUAUGAGGAAACGAAUGAUCGAGACUUAAACUACUUACUUACCGCGAAGCGAAUGCUCAAUAGUCGUCGGAUUAGUGCAGAAUUCGGCGAGGCUUAUGAAGCCGUUGUCCAUGUCUGCAUCUACCAACAGUAUCGAGAACCCAAGGCGGCUCAAGUUAAAGAUCUCAACUUUGGAGAUCCUGCAUUUCUAGAAAGUGCUUCGGUUGCGAUACUACUGCCUCUGUAUCAGGAGGUUCAAAGGAGUUUUGGUUGCCCCUGUUUGAGUGGCCAUCUACUCAAAGAGACUGAAAGACCAGGUGGCAGCAAACCAGAUCCUCAAGGUCGUGAUUACGGAAAGAUCGGACAGAAAGAGAACUUCACGCCCUCCAUUCCUCAGCACGUGGCUGCUCCUGCAACUGAUGAGGAUACAAAUGAGGCGAGCUUUCAAAUUCUGCCCCGCGCUGAUCCGCCCGACUCCCCUUCAGGCCUCUCUGUAGAUGAUACAAGCGAUGACGAUGCCAAUGCGAAUGGUACCACGCAAGUCCGAAGCGACAAUGCAGUGCCUCUCUCAGUUGGCUCGGAUGGCAGAUCACAUGGUCACAUGGGAGUCUCGAAUGUGCACAUGCCCACUACUGAACAAGCGCACUCGAGACUUUCAUCACCUCCGGACAUUGACACUUUAGCAAUAGAGAGCUUGGAAAACGUCGAAGCGAACGGACUGCCAUCAGGAAGGAUGCAGCUAGAUGCUGAAGCUGCGCCUGGAACUGCACAUAUGAACACCACCGCCGGCAUCUCCCAACUCAAGCCACCCAGCCAACGAGUGAGCUCUCCAAGCCGUGAUCUAGGUGCUGCAUCAGAAUAUUCAUAUGACACUAUGACCGCCACCACAGAUUCUGCAUUCGCUUGGCUCUCUGAUUAUACUGACGACCCUCCGUCCAUGCCUAGGGAUCAUCCACUCUUGCUAUUCAAGGACGUUGCUCUUCGCAUCUUCUUAAGGGGCUUUCAGACUUGGCGAGGACGUGGUUCAGGACCAAGUGAAGCAUCAGGUUCGAUCCACCAAUCGAGAUCUUCAACAAAGCGGACAUGGGGCCAGCCCGGCAAGGACCAUACCGCUGAUGACGGCGAAGGGGAGAACUCUUCAAUGAGCCCAAGUGUCUCCAAUAAGAAACGACGCGUAAAGGAGGAUAAACUUUCGCUCGGCUGCCCCUUCUUCAAGAAGGAUGCCAUGGCUCACCAUCGCUGUGGGACGUACGUCUUGACGAGAAUCAGGGAUGUGAAACAGCAUUUGACGCGGCGCCAUCAGAUGCCAAUAUACUGCCCUCGUUGUAUUCAGACAUUCGACGACGAGAGUGCCCGGGAUUCACAUGUGAGAGAUACGGUCUGCGAGCAACGGCCAUAUGGCCAGCUAGAGGGCAUCACAGAACAACAAAAGAAACAUUUGACGAGGAAAGCACCAGCAAAUCAGUCAGAGGAGGAGCAAUGGUACGGGAUUUUCGACAUCCUCUUCCCGAAUCAUAGUCCUAGGCCCGGUUCUCCAUAUGUGGAUCCCGAUCUUCUGCAGAACGUGGUUGGUUUCCAAUCAUUUCUGACUUAUCACGGGCCCCGAAUUCUGGGAGAUCUCUUGACCAACCACGGUGCUGUGACAUGGAACCUUCCGGAUGGGGACUCCGAUGUUCGAGCUUUCCAACAGCGAAUCCUCGAAGAAGGGAUACAAACGAUCUGCGCCCAGUGGAUGAGCCACGGCGUGGCUGGGUUGUCGAAUAUUAGGACCACAGAAGCAUCCACGGGAGGCCAUCAUGACAGUAGUCAACGACGAGUGCCAGAGCAUCCUACGCCAGCCGCAAGUCUCUACACAGACCAGCAGCAGUCCCCGGAUACGCGGCCAAGCUUUUCACUGGCAUCUUCCUACGUUCCUAGUGAAAUAUCUUGGGGCCAUGAUGGGGACUGGCUCGCGAAUCUCAACUUGGAUGGUACUGAAGAUACAGGACUUGAUCCCAUCACGCCAUCAGAUAGGGAUGAGAUCAACAAGAUCCUUUCUACCCAUGCAGACUUACGGAACCAUGUUCGAUACCCGCAUGGCGAGUAA